AUGAUCACCUCUGGGAGCUUCACGCACGGGCAUCCAGCCCCUGAUGAUGUCACUGCGCAUCUUGACCCCGUCCCCACAGCCAAAUGCCAGGUGACAUUUUCAGAUAUUGUGACACCAGUGUCAUGUGACACAUCUUCAGAUGAUAUUUUGACACCAGUGCCAUGUGAUACAUCUUCAGAUGAUAUUUUGACACCAGUGCCAGUAUUUCUAAAAUGUUAUCACAUUUCUCUAUUUUCAGCAUACACACGCCAAUUUGAGGUGGGUACCCUGUAUAUAUACGGGUACGAGACAUCAGUGUUGCUGAACGAGCCACAGCCGCUGCCUGUGUCCACCACCAAGGAUGUGGGCUUCAGGGUGGAGCUGACAGCCGAGGUGACGCCAGUCUGGCAGCACCCCACCAAUGCACAUGAGCAAAUUCUUCAACUCACUGUGGUUACUCCUAAGCUCUCUGUUAAAGCUCGACAAGGCCCUUCCCCUGAGGGCUUUGUUCACAAGACCUCAAAAGUGGAAAGAUACAAGUUACACCCUCUCUAUAUGCAUUGGGAUAAUGGUCAGAUUAGAAAAGUCUAUCAUAUUGAUGGAAGGGAAUCGUCAGUUCUCAAUGUUAUGAAAGGCAUCUCCAGUUUGUUCCAGCACCAAGUCAAAAAUGCGAAGGAGACAGAAGUAGAUGCUUCAGGGAAGUGUGAGGUCACAUACAAGAUGCUUGACUCAACCCAUGUAACAAAAUUGAAGAAGAAUUGCAAAACCGUGGUGCCAGUAGCUUACUUCAACCAAACAAAUGAGGUUCUAGGUGCUCAGAUCGAUAGUCAGGUGACAACAUCAUAUGUUUUGAGUGAUGAUGACAAAAUUAUUCGAAAAGCUACAUCUUUGGAAACUCAUUUCUUAAGAGUGAAAGCUCGCAAGCAGUCAGGAGCAGAGGUCAUGAGCAAGCAGGUACUCCAUCUCAAAAGUCGAGAUAAAAUUAACACCCCAAAGUACACAGGACAAACAGUUGCAGAGGCUGUUCAAUCAAUUUCCUCAAAGCUUAAGAAAAAACUUAUUACUGAUCAGUUAGCAACGAACCCUGACCCAAAGGAGUGCAUUGCAUGCAAGUCGUUGAAAGAUCUUGUGAACAAUUUCCGUAACACAUUGAGUGCCAAGAACCUGGGAUCGCAAGGCUCAGCUAUUGCUUUUCUUCGCUUGCUGAAGAAAGUGCGAGAAAGUGACCAAGUAACUUUUGAGGCUGUACUGAAGGAUAAGAAGAAUUCAAAAAUUUUGUAAGUUAUAGAAUAAUAGUUAAUGUAU